AUGCGCCCGUCUAUGAAUCUGCGAACCGCAAAGUGUCAUCUCAUGUCAGUGCAAACUGAAAGCAGCAGCUCAAACCGUCGGAAACUUCUCUUGCGCCUCUCCUGGUCAUCGUCACACUUGACUCCCGUCUGGACUGGGCCCCGGAGGGCUGGGAAGGUCAAAGCACUCACUGCACUCCUCAGUUCACUCACACUCCUCAGCAGUCCUCUGCCUCUACUCACUCAAAGCUGCACCGGCCCAGCCCGUCACGUCCAUCACCCGUCCGCCGGCUCCGCUUCGGGGCUCUGGGGCACUGCUGACUUCGCCGCCGACUCGGCACUGGCACUGGCACCACUCACUCUUUUCUCUUCGGAACCCCGGAGGGCCAUGCUUCGCGCGCUCAAGCGAGAGUCCAUCACCUUUGCCACCAGUCGCUGGAGCGAACUCCGAGCUCUUGGCCGCAGGUGCGCCGUUCUCGCGCCCACCUUGGCACAGUUUCAGCAGGACUUGCCCUAA